AUGCCCUCCCGCCAGCUGCCGUCUCCCCCCUCCCCCUCCCCAUCCUCCCACCCCACCGCCCUCCACCCCCACCACCGCCUCCACCGCCUGCCCCCCACCGCCCUCGUCCUCGCCGCCGCCGCGGGCGCGCUUCUCGCCGUGCUGAUGGCGCUCGCGCUGCUGCUGCUCUGGUUCCGCAGGCGCCGGAACCGGCGCGCGGCGGCAAAGGAGGACGCAAAGGAGGGCGCUUUGGAGCGCCUGUCGUACCGCAAGCUGCGGCGCGCCACGGGGGCCUUCGCGGCGGGCGGCAAGCUGGGCCAGGGCGGCUUCGGCCCCGUCUUCCGCGGCGCGCUCCCGCCGCCCCGCCGCGGCGCCGGCUGCGGCCGCCCCGUCGCCGUCAAGGUCAUGGACGCCGCGGGCUCGCUCCAGGGCGAGCGCGAGUUCCACAACGAGAUCGCCGUCGCCACCCACCUCCUCCGCUCCUCCUCCCCCGCCGCCCCCUCCAUCCUGCUCCCGUUCGCCUACUCGGCCCCGAGGCGGGGCGAGGGCCGCGCGCGCCGGAUGAUGCUGGUGUACGACCUGAUGCCCAACGGGUCCCUGCAGGACGCGCUGCUGGGCCGCCGCUGCCCGGAGCUGGUGGCCGAGUGGCCGCGCCGCCUCGCCGUCGCGCGCGACGUCGCCGCCGCGCUCCACUACCUCCACGCCGUGCUCGACCCGCCCGUCGUGCACGGCGACGUCAAGCCCAGCAACGUCCUGCUCGACGCGGGGCUCCGCGCGCGGCUCGCCGACUUCGGCCUCGCGCGCGUCAACUCCGACCCCGACCCCGCGGCGGACGACAAGCUCGAGAGCGGCGCCAUCGCCGAAGCGACGGCCGACGACCCGACUCCUCUCGAUGACGACGUCGUCUCCGUCGUGGCCGAGAGCACCGUCACGACGACGGUCGACGCGGAAGGGAAUGUGGCCCCCAAGUCGCCGGAGGACGACGAGGCGGGCGGCGGCUUCACGUUGCCGUCGCCGACAGACGCCGCGUCGACCUCCGGGUUCGACCAGGCCAGCGUCGACAGUGGCGUGAACGGCCGCGGUUCGCGCGCCGGCCGCGCCGCGUCCGGGAGCGACUGGUGGUGGCGGCAGGACAACGGCGGCAACAGCCACGGCGUCAAGGACUACGUGGUGGAGUGGAUAAGGUCGGAGAUCAAGAAGGAGCGGCCCAAGAACGAUUGGAUCGCGGAGGCGGCCGCGGCGAACCCGGGCGCGGACAGGAAGAAGCAGAAGCGGAGGGCGCGCGAGUGGUGGCGCGAGGAGUACACCGACGAGCUUGCCAAGAAGCAGAAGCGCCGGGCGCUCGCCAAGUCGAGGAGCGAGCAGGCCGGGCUGCAGUGGUGGGAGCGUGAUAUUGACGACGACUUGGAUGGGAAGGCGCCGUCCAAGUGGAGCAUGGUGAAGAGCUGGAGCCGAAGAAGCAGCAGCAGCGCCGGCAAUGGCAAUGCCAAUGCCAAUGCCAAUGGGAGCAUCAACUGGUGGGUCAAUGGUGCGAGAAGCAGCCGUGAUUGGGCGAGCGGGGAUUUCGUGCCCAAGAGCAGCGGCGCGGUGAGCAGCACGCCGAGCAUGCGUGGCACUGUCUGCUAUGUGGCUCCGGAGUACGGCGGCGGCGGUCCUCUGUCCGAGAGGUGUGACAUCUAUAGCUAUGGUGUCCUGCUACUGGUUCUUAUCUCUGGACGCCGGCCGUUGCAAAUGUCGGCCUCGCCCAUGUCGGAGUUCGAGAAGGCGAGCCUCAUAUCAUGGGCAAAGCACCUUGCCCGAGUGAGCCGCUUAACUGAUCUUGUUGAUCCGGCCUUGAAAGAUGUUAACCUUGAGGAGGCACUGCUCUGCAUCACCGUCGCACUCCUCUGCAUACAGAGGUCUCCUGCUCGUCGGCCAUCAAGCGAAGAGCUGGUCCGAUUGCUUUCCGGUGAGGGAGAGCCACCUCACCUCCCGCUGGAGUUCUCACCUUCCCCACCUGGUGGGUUCCCUUACAAAUCCAGGAAGAAAGUUCGGUGAGUUUGUUUAGGUUCUUGCUUAGAUGCAAAGUUGUGUUAACCACCUAACCUUGUAGGCUUGUACCUUCAUAUAUGUUUAUCUUUUUGCCCGGUACACUUUCUAGCUU